AUGGUGGAGGCUAAAGGAUCUGUCCCAGCAAGUGAGCUGUUGGGUGGCGCCAAUGCAUUGGGUGGCACUAAGAGUAAGGCGAGCGGUGGCGACUUGGUCCUAGGCAGCGUCGGGCAACGUGUGAUGGCUAGGAAAGGCGUCAAUGUCGAGGAAAAUGACAAAGUGAAAGCGAGAAAGGACGGCGCUGGGCACAUGAACCAAGGAAAGGGUAACCCCAGGCAAGGUGACAUCAGCGCACUGGGCGACGCCAGCCGGGCACGAACCGGAGGCAAGGAGUGGUCAAGCGGCGGUGGAGGUUAUGGGCACAGGCUGGGUGCAAGGAGGGUGGAUCCAAGCAUGGGGGAGACAAACUUGGGCACUAAGACCUUGCUCAGAGACGUAGUUGGAUCUGAUGAACCAAGUUGUGGGCGGGAUCAAGGUAUCGCCUUCUGA